AUAGGUACCCAUUGUUGUAUGAAAGAGGUAUUCAAGUCACCAUUUUUAUAUACGGAGUACAAAGUACUACCUUGUAAAUAAUAUUGUGAUUUUCAUAUCAUCUUUCUCCAAACAAACAAAAAAAUCUAUAAAAAAAAAAAUCCAUACCCACUUUUUUUUUUUUCUCUACUCAAAACUUCUUGACAGAUUUAGUAUGUAUUUCAUCACUCAAUUAGCCACCAUGAGCUACAAUAUGUCCGAUAUAUGGGCAAUUCUCAUAUUAGCAGCUCCAUUUGUUGCAACAUUAGUUGCGCUUGUUAUCCUAAUCGAGCAAAUCACAUACCUUAAAAAGAAAUCUGUUGCACCAGGGCCGACCCUGGUGCUACCCUUCCUUGGUAAUGUUACCGGUCUCAUUCGAAAUCCCGAGAAAUUUUGGGACGAUCAGGCAGACUACGCCAAAUCGUCCCCUCUCGGGAUUUCGGUAAAUUACAUUAUAGGAAAGUUCAUGGUGUUCACUAGGGACUCAGAGAUGAGCCACAAGAUCUUUGCCAAUGUUCGUCCCGAUGCAUUCCAAAUGGUCGGGCACCCAUUUGGCAAGAAAUUGUUUGGUGAACAUAACAUGAUUAACCUUUAUGGUCAAGAACACAAAGAUUUACGUCGAAGAAUUGCUCCAAAUUUUACACCCAAGGCAUUAGCCACUUACUCUGAUAUUCAACAACUUGUGAUUCUCAAACAUCUUACUCGGUGGGUUGAGAAUAAUGACCCGAAGGUUGCGCUUCGGGUCCUGGCUAGAGACAUGAACCUUGAGACCUCACAAACGGUCUUUGUGGGCCCAUAUCUCGACGAAGAAAAGCGUGAAGGGUUCAAAGUGGACUACAAUUAUUUCAAUGUUGGUGUUCUUGCUCUCCCUAUCGACAUACCGGGUUUCGCGUUCCGAAACGCCCGACUCGCGGUGGAGCGGUUAGUCGAAAGGCUAACUCGGUGUGUCGAGGAGAGCAAGAAAAAGAUGGUUGAAAAUGAGGAACCUACAUGUUUGGUUGACUAUUGGAUGCAAGGUAUGGUCAAUGAGGAAAGAGAAUUACAACAACCACUACAAUUCCCACCUUCGCCGCCACCGCCGCCGCCGCCAAAUUGUAGCAACCAUCAGAUUGGUGCACAUAUGUUUGACUUUCUGUUUGCAGCACAAGAUGCGUCAACAUCUGCCUUAUUAUGGGCAGUCACAUUACUAGACUCACACCCAGAAGUCCUGAAAAAGGUAAGAGAAGAAGUUGAGUCAAUAUGGAAGGUUGAAUCCAACAAACUUAUUACGCCGGAGCAGCUAGUGUCAAUGAAGUACACCCAAGCGGUGGCGCGUGAGGUAGUUAGGUAUCGUGCGCCAGCUACCCUUGUGCCCCACAUGGUACACCAGGAUUUUCAACUGGCGGAAAAUUUCACUAUUCCAAAGGGUUCAAUUGUCUUUCCCUCUGUUUAUGAAUCUUCAUUUCAGGGAUUUUCUGAACCGGAUCGGUUUGACCCGGACCGUUUUUAUUUGGAGGAGAGGAGGGAGGAUCAAGUGUAUAAGAGGAAUUAUUUGGUGUUUGGAUCGGGGGCACACCAAUGCGUGGGUCAAAGAUAUGCACUUAAUUUGCUUGUCCUCUUCAUCGCUAUGUUUACAUCGUUGAUUGACUUUAAACGACACCGUACUGAAGGUUGUGAUGAUCUUAACUUUUGUCCUACUAUUUGCCCCAAAGAUGAUUGUUUGGUUUCUCUUUCUAAGAGGUGUGCCAACUUCCCUGCUCUAUCUCUCCCUUGAGAGUAGUAAGUUGACGAUAUUACCCCUAUCAUCAUUUUUUAAUGAUCAAAUGUUAUCAUUAUUGAACAAAACUUUGUUAUUUAAAUUUCUGUAUCAGAAUGAUAGUAACCAUGCAUUUUUAAAAUAAAUAAAUAAUUAUUUCGAUUAUGUUAUA